CGUAUCUCCUAGUCAAACGACACUCCUUCCUGGAUCUGUUUUCCCGUGCCCGCUGGCAGUGAAGACAAGCUAACAUGACAACGCCUCGAGUCUUUGUGAUUCGCCACGGCGAAACAGAAUGGUCACUCAAUGGCCGCCAUACCGGCAUCUCGGACAUUCCCUUGACAGAAAAUGGCGAAAAGCGGAUUCGAGCCACGGGAAAAGCUUUGGUGGGCGACGAUCGUCUCAUUGUACCGAAGAACCUGGCCCAUGUAUAUGUCUCACCGCGGAGGCGUGCUCAGCGGACGCUGGAGCUGUUGGGAUUAGGGUGUGAAGAAGAGCUUCCAUGGAACCAGCAUGGCAGGCUAGAAGAGAGUGCACACAAGACUGAGGCCAAGGUGGAAGUCACCGAGAGCAUACGCGAGUGGGACUACGGCGACUACGAAGGCAUCACGUCCCAGGAGAUCAAAGAGCAGAGGAAGCAAAAGGGCGAGAAGGAGUGGGAUAUCUGGAGGGAUGGCUGUCCCGGCGGCGAGAGCCCUGAACAGGUCACUGAACGCCUCGAUGCCCUCAUAGCAGAUAUCAGAAAGCGAUUUCACGCCCACGCAAUAGGCAAACCCAAGGGCAGCCAGCGCGAGCCAUUUGAUGUGCUGGUCGUGGCCCACGGACAUAUAUUGAGAGCCUUUGCUGGUCGCUGGGUCGGCAAGAAUAUUGCAGAGAACCCGUCACUGAUUCUCGAAGCUGGCGGAGUCGGAACACUGAGCUAUGAACAUCACUCGCUAGAUGAACCGGCCAUCUUGUUGGGUGGUGCCUUCAUGAGUGACGUUGUGGAGAAUGCUGAAGAUCACGAGAAGACACGGUGAAAAUUGAGCACGCCACGCUGACUUCAAGUCUUGUAUAGCAAAGAGUGCAGUGGUAGAGCUAUCCGCGAGAGUCAAAACAAGAAGCUUCGACGCCCAACCGUUGCGCAGUUGCACACGGGCAGAUCAUGCACUUGUGGUUAGACUUUACUCUCGCAGAACUACAGACUAGAGACCUACCUUUACCUAUAAUAUUGAGCAUGUUCACUGUAGAGUCUAACACUUGCUCUCUGCAUAUUGGUUCUUAGGUAUCAGGACACUCAGGCUCACGCCUAC